GUUUCGAACCCGAGACCUCGAGUGUCCUCGGUCCGGCUUUAAAGCAGGUGUCGGUGGCCACCAAAGUGGCACUAAUGGGAAUUGAACUUGGGUCUCCAUUGGAGAACCCAAGUCACUCCACCACUAGGCCACUUGUGGUGGUUCACAUACAAAAGAGGUGCAUAUACAAAAGAGGUGGAUGAGAGUUAUGCGGUGGGUGAUUUUGUUCAGAGGAGUAAUGGCAAGUGAUAAGAGCUGGAUCACAUUACGAAAUCGGAGAUGUUCAGAAUUUUUGAACGGUCUUGAUAGCUUUAUGGAGAUUGCCAGCAACCAUGUCAACAAUGAAGGCAAAGCGUAUUGCCCGUGUAUACGUUGUGCAAAUUCAAAACGGUUACUCCAGGAAUUACCUACGAUUUAUGCCCACAUACAUAAUCGUGGGUUUCUACCUUCAUAUACGACAUGGGUUCAUCAUGGUGAGGAAUAUGCUAACGCUUCGGAGAUAGAAGCCCUUUGGGAAUCAGACAUGCCUGCGCCAACAAUAAAUAAUGAGGUGUUUGAUGUUAUUGCUGAUGUUAUUGCAGCACAAAAUGUAAAUGAAGAAAAUCUAGAGGAAGAUAAAGACGAAGAAAAUACGUUACACCCGGAAUUUGAUGCACUGUUCAAAGAGCUCACUACAGAGUUAUACCCUGGUUGUACUUGGAUGUCUUCCCUAAGCUUCCUAGCAAAAUUGAUGCAUCUUAAAGUAAUGAGCAACUUGACGAAUAGUUAUUUUGACCAACUUUUAAGAGAUUCAUUACCAAAACAAAAUAAGAUUCCAGCCUCAUACUAUCAAGCUAAGAAGAAGCUUAGAAAAAUUGGGUUAGGAUAUAAAUCUAUCCAUGCUUGCAAAAUCUAUCCAGCCUCAUACUAUUCUAGUUGGAAGAAUGUUGAUGCUAAGUAUAAAAAGGCCAUACUUGCCACAAUUGCUCACUAUUUUGAUAUAAAAAGUUUCCAAAAUACGGAGCACUGGGAUGCAAUCAAGGAAUCGAUACAAGUAGAAUGUGCAAGCCGUUUCAAGGACAGAAAGUCAGGAAUGAAAAAUCAUUUUGAUAGGCAUGGAGGUUAUAAAGAUGUUGAAGAGGCAAAGAGACACCCCCCCCCCCGAGUCAAUGGAUCCAGAAGCGUGGUGUAAGCUCAUUGAUGGGUUGUUCACAACUCCCGAGUAUAUGAAUCGUUCUGAAAAAAAUAAGGCAAACAGAGCAAAACAACUUUAUGGAAGUUAUCACGGAAGUCAAUCUCUUGCCAAUAGGCGACACAAAGAGGUUAAAGAAACCAGGCGAGCCCGCUAUGUUGAAGGUUGGAAAGAAAUGCAUUGUAAGAAACGCAAAUGGAUUAACGACAAUGCAAAACAUGCUUGGGAAAACAUUGAAGAAGAGUAUAAUAGAUCAUUGUCGUGCUCGGGUGGGGAUGAAAUGGCGGUUGAUCAAGUUGGGUGUCUUAAAAAAGCUUUAGGGACUCGCCAUUCUCACUUACGGGGCGUUGGACGAGUUUUGAAAAGUGUAACACCCGAGCUAUUCCCUAAUGUAAAUAGGGAUGUAGAGGAUGAGCGUUGGCGAAGACAAGAAGAAGCUAAUGAGAAGUUGCGAAAAGAUAAUGAGGCUUUGAAAGCACAAAUGAAACAUAUAUUGAAGUUGGUACUUCCCGGCUCAUCAUUUCCACUUGAACAAGAAGAUGAUCAAGAAGAGGAACAAGAAGAUGAACAAGAAGAUGAUCAAGAAGAGGAACAAGAAGAUGAACAAGAAGAUGAUGACUUUGUGUAACUUAGUUUGGUUUUACUUGGAAGAAUGUAUUUAAAUGAUAUAUUGCAACUUUUAAUUAUUUUGAUGUUAUGUCUA